AUGCAAUCUCUCAUCAUGAGCUCCAUCACACCCACCGAGUUCCUCUACUUCCCUAAGCUCCCUGUCGAGCUGAGGAGAAUGGUCUGGGAUCAAGCACUUCCCGCCACCCUCGACUUCCAGCGAUUCAACGCUGAGAUCGCCCACCACCCCAAUUGCGUCAAGAGCAACAAAUCUGAGAGCCUCGUCCUCUGCCUGACCCCUCACGACGAUUUUGUCCAUAUAACUUCAGGCUAUCGGGGUCUACUCGGUGCCUGCAAGGAGUCAAACACAAUUGCCAGUGUGGAGGUCCCCUUCCACCUGCCCAUCAAUUACCUUGCGCCUGAUGCCAACGGCUCGUUGAUCGUCCGUUUUGCCAGCGUACCGUUCAACCCUGACGGGCAACUUUGCAUCAGUGGUCUGGGCCCAGCGCUCCACGCUGCAUCCGAGGGGGAUGGAGCGCGAGGAAUGGAUCUGCGAUGGUCAUACUGGCCUGACAACCUCGCCGAAGACAUCAAAUGCGCCUCAUUCCCAAAAAUAAAGAACUUGACCAUCGCCCUUGACUCGGCCAAAGAUUCUGAGAGCGAAUGGCGGUUCCUGCGGGGCUGGGACGACCGAGCCUUUCACAAGAUGGCGUUGAGGAUGAUCAAUCUGGAGACAGUGGCUCUGGUCGACGAGGAGGCACUGGAUCUGCGGCAAAAGAUCGACGCCGAGACCUUCAACUCGAUGCACAAGCCGGCGCCAGUGGUCCGCCCGAGCGAAGACGACGACGGCUGGAAUCACGAUCUGGACGAGCCUUCUGCUGUCAGGAUCCCGUGGGUAAAGCUCUACGCUGACCUCCAAUUCGAUUUCGCUACGUUCAAGUUCAUCAACAGAUACAAGACACUCAGCCAUUACGAGGCUUGGACUUGCGACCAAAGCGGUCUAUGGUUGCUUUGA